ACUGACAGGGUGGCUUCUAGCAUCGGUGUAUUUAGCUCUUAGUCAAGUCAAGUCAAGUCAACCAGAACAACUCUUCGUAGUUACUUAAAGUUGAAUUAUUCUUUUUAAGCGAUAAGCUCCCAACACGAGCCAGUUCAGGCGCUUACUCGCCAUUUAUUUGUUCAUCUGUUCGCGGUCUGUGUACAUACAUAUAUACAUACAUCGUCGAUUUUAUAUGUCGAGUACGAAGAGCUUUUGGCGUUGUCAUAGCGCCGUAGCUUCAAUGCUCUUCAAGCGAGUAAUUCGCGAAACGGGAGGAACAAUAAUAACAGAUGAAUAUCUGGCAACCAAACCAUUUUGUUAAAUAACAUUUGAAUAUUAAUUCCUUCGGGCUUCUUUUUAGAGAAGAAUAGGAGGUGAAUCAACUGAGAAACUGGCACUAAAAGUAUAUUAUUUACAUGCGCAGUAUUUAAGUAACAGUGACUUUUUGUUUGUUCAUUGUGCUGUGAGACACCUAACGAGCAAGGACGAUGUUGAUUCAUACCUUAGUGCUUAUACACAAAUGCAUUGGGAUUAAAACACUACAUUAUUGAAUUAGACGAAUAUUUCAUUUUAUAGUUCUUUUUAUUCCGAUUUUCAAAUCAGGACUUAAAAUGUGUCUUAGGGUUUUGUGUGAGAAAAUAAUGUGCUGUUGUCCCAAGUCGAAAAAGGGAGGUUUGAAUGAGGCCUCAUUUUACGAAUAUGCAGAUGCUUUGCCAAAAUAUAGCAACGAGCAAAUUGGGAAAUUGAGCGAAGGGAUUAGUUUCACCGUAACCGGAAAUCUUUCAGUAAACUGCGAGAGGUUCUCCAUCAAUCUUGUUUAUAACAAUGAUUCGCGAGAUGUGGCGCUCCACAUUAAUCCACGGUUGCCACAAAACUAUAUUGUUCGCAACACCAAAGUACAGGACAUUUGGGGAAGCGAGGAAGUGUCCUCGGCAUUGCCGUUUCUUCUGAGUCGGGGCGAGGAGUUUUCCAUUCAAGUGCUAGUUACUGAGGCAUGCUAUAUGAUAUCGGUAAACGGACAACACUUUGCAGAGUACACUCAUCGAAUCCCCUAUGAAGAUGUCCGCAUUCUGGAAGUGAAAGGAGAUGUUAGUAACGUGGAAAUGAAACGAUCUUUGGUCUUAAAGUAUCCUCAACGAUUACCGCAGUCGGAGGCUAAAAACAUUGAGCUUCACAUAGAUGAUGAGAUUAAUGAAAUUGACGCCAGCGUUGAGGAGACAAUUAAAAUACCUCAUGAGUGGUGCCUUAUUAGCGCCCCGAACACACAGUCGGACAGUUCGCCAAAGAGUAACCACAGUUCUGGUGAUCUUGGCCUUUCUUUGCCUUAUUAUGGAGCACUGCCACCAAAUUCGUUGGUCGAAGGUCGAUGCCUAAAGAUUGAAGGGCGAGUGCGAUUGCUUCCACACUCUUUUUACAUAAACCUGCAACAGGGGCAGGACAUUUGGCCACAUCCAAUAAUAGCAUUCCACUUAAACCCACGUUUUUCAAAAGCGAGCAGCGGCGCUAUUGGAAAGGCGGUGGUGUGUAGAAAUGCCUGGCUUAAUGGAGCUUGGGCACAAGAGGAACGUUCGGAGUUUGACACAAACUUUCGCCCUGGUCGGUCUUUUUGUUUAGCCAUAGUUUGUACCAAAACAUCCUUUGAGGUGUAUGUCAAUCGGCAGUUUAUGACUGAUUUUAAAUAUAAGAUUAGCCCAGCAGUUGUCGACACCGUCUAUAUACAAGGAGAUGUUAAACUUUGGAAUGUAACUCUGGAAAAAAAUCACCUGAUUAAGGGCAAAAAUGUCCGAGUCUAUCAGAAUCCAAUGUACUCUAGUGAGUAGUAGCUGUUUGUGGCAAGGAUUCCUUUUAUCUUUGGUCAGGUUUUUUUUAGUAAUUGAGCGACAAUAAAAAAGUGAUACACUCGUGUUUUUAGUUAUAGAAAAUUUAUGUUAACGAAUAAAAUUAUGCAAUUUUCAUUAUUCUUACCUAGA